ACCCCGGCAAACCUUCCCCAGUGGCCCCCCUCCCCGGUGAAUCCCCGGCGGCCCGCGCGACGUAGGCUGCGAUCCUGGCCGCUGUCGGGGGCCGGCAGCUUCCUGGAAAGUUACUUCUCCUUGGAGCCGUCGAUAGGCACUGUUCUGUGAAAUCCGCUGAGCUUAGAUCGACUGUGUUCCGGGAAUGAGAGGGCUGUGCCAUUCCCCUCACUGCCCCUGCCUUGACGGCGUAACAGGAAAAAAAAGACGCAUACAAUGUUGGCUACCGAGGUGCACAAAACGUUUUAUUUGAGUGUAACCAAAUUAAGGCCUGCCACGGUCGUAGUAGCGUCGGGCCUCCAACGCACCUGCGGGGGCUUGGAGGCGGAUGGGCAGCGGUGCCCACAGAGCGCCUGGGCUGCGCGGUCCCUGGCAGACAGGUACGGUAAAGUGGGGGUGGGCGAAUCUGCGCGGGCUCGCGGCGACGCGCAGGGCUCGGGUGUGUGCGUGUGCGUGUGUGUGCGCGCACGCGGGCUGCGGAGAAGGGGGCUGCCGAGUGUCCUCCCGCGUGAAAAAGGCAGGAAAAGAAUGGGGGCUUUCCUAUUGGCUUGCUCUCUUGCUGUUAACCUCGCCUCUAGCUCUUCUCUCAGCUCCUCCCUCCUCCCUCUUCCCCUCCUUUCUGUUGUCCUCUGCCUUUUUUUGACAGAGUCCCUCUUUUUUUUCUUCUCCAACUCCUUUAAAAGAUCUGUCUUCUCGAGGUGCUUAAUUGAAAAUCCACAGGGGACGCCCAGAAGGAGAGACAGAGUGUGGGGUGGAAAGACAAUGACUGACUCUCACUUGGUGGUCACUUUGGCUGAGGCAGUGUUGGGGGUCAGGGAGUCCAAGUCGGGACCCUUGCCCCUGUCAGCUUCUCCUGGACAGCUCUGCUCUCUUGGUGGUGGUUUUUGUGGAAUGAUUUGUGUAUGUGGCAUUGGUGGAGUGCUUGAAGAUGAUAGACCGAGUUUAUCCGGGAUUUUGCUGGGGAUUAGCUUUGAGAUCUUGGGCAAGGCCUAUCCUCUGGAGCCUCAGUGCCCUCCCCAGUAAAUCAGGGCUGUAACAAGGAUCGGAUAAAAUAAUGGAUGGGACAGAGCUGAGAGGUUUGUAAAAACAAACCAAAUACUAGUGGUUAGUUUACCCUGCAGCAUCCAAAGGGAGGCAUUGUGUCCCACAUACCCCCACCCCCAUACUUCAUGCACUCACUAAUUGUGGGUCACUAAUUGUGGGGCCUUCAAAGGUAGAGCUUCCGUAGGAAGGAGUGGACUUAACAGGAAGGGCGCCUUAUGUAUAUGCAUUUAUUUUGGCCAAGCCAGGCAGAGGUUUAGGGUGAAAAGUACCCAGUCCAGGACCUGGUGACAGUGGACCCAGGAGAACUGUUUUGUUUCAAUCUACAUGUGCAGUGAGUCAUUGCCCAUUUUUCAAGGUGACAUGGCAGAUCUGUGCUUCUUGUGGUACUAAAAAUCUCUGACUAGAAAUCCACAACCUAGCUGGUGGUUGAAGCUGGUUAAAGGAGAGCUUUAGGUAUUCCAGAAGUGUUUAGAGAUCUCUUUCAUGGGGGAAGAGAAGGUUUAUAAAUAAACCUCUCAUGUGGUUUCAGCAUUCUUUUUCAAGGAGACGGCCAUUGAGCUUUGGUUAGAACCAAUUUAGUGUAUCUCUCUUUGCCCAUCUUGAAUUAGGAUGGGGAGAGGAAGAAAUAGGGUCUUUCAUCUUUUUCUGUCCUCUCCCUUCCCCCAUUUCUUCUCCCCACCCCGCACCACUCAUCCCCACUCACUCACAUGCACACACUAACCUUGAAGCUGAUGAGAAUGAGUGACUGGCACUUGGGACCACAGAGAAAUGUCAGAGUGUUUGGUUACAGACACAAGGAAACCUCUCAUUUUAGAGUGCUCAUUUGGUUUUGAGCAAAAUUUUGAACUGUGAAUCAAGGCAUUGGGUGAAGACAAAAUGGCCUCACCAGCUGACAGCUGUAUCCAGUUCACCCGCCAUGCCAGUGACGUUCUUCUCAACCUUAAUCGCCUCCGGAGCCGUGACAUCUUGACUGAUGUUGUCAUAGUGGUGAGCCGUGAGCAGUUUCGAGCCCAUAAGACGGUCCUCAUGGCCUGCAGUGGCCUGUUCUACAGCAUCUUCACAGACCAGUUGAAAUGCAAUCUUAGUGUGAUUAAUCUGGAUCCUGAGAUCAACCCUGAGGGGUUCUGCAUCCUCUUGGACUUCAUGUACACAUCUCGGCUUAAUCUGAGGGAGGGCAACAUCAUGGCAGUGAUGGCCACGGCUAUGUACCUGCAGAUGGAGCAUGUUGUGGACACUUGCCGGAAGUUUAUCAAGGCUAGCGAAGCAGAGAUGGUUCCUGCCAUCAAGCCACCCCGGGAAGAGUUCCUGAACAGCCGGAUGCUGAUGCCCCAAGACAUCAUGGCGUACCGGGGUCGGGAGGUGGUGGAGAGCAACUUACCACUAAGGAACGUCACUGGGUGUGAGAGCAGAGCCUUUGCCCCCAGCCUGUACAGUGGCCUUUCUACACCGCCAGCCUCUUACCCUGUGUACAGCCACCUCCCUGUCAGCAGCUUCUUCUUCUCUGAUGAGGAGUUGCGGGAUGCCCGGAUGCCUGUGGCCAACCCCUUCCCCAAGGAGCGGGCCCUUCCCUGCGACAGUGCCAGGCCAGUCCCUGGUGAGUACAGCCGGCCAGCCAUGGAGAUCUCCCCCAGCAUCUGCCACAGCAACAUCUACUCACCCAAGGAGGCAGCCCCAGAAGAGACACGGAGUGACAUGCACUACAGUGUGGCCGACGGCCCCAAGCCUGCAGCCCCCUCAGCCCGGAAUGCCCCAUACUACCCCUGUGACAAGGCCGGCAAGGAGGAAGAGAGGCCCUCCUCAGAGGAUGAGAUUGCCCUGCAUUUCGAGCCCCCCAAUGCACCCCUGAAUCGGAAGGGUCUGGUUAGUCCACAGAGCCCCCAGAAGUCUGACUGCCAGCCCAACUCGCCCACAGAAUCCUGCAGCAGCAAGAAUGCGUGCAUCCUGCAGACCUCUGGCUCGCCUGCAGCCAAGAGUCCCACCGACCCCAAAGCCUGCAACUGGAAGAAAUACAAGUUCAUCGUGCUCAACAGCCUCAAUCAGAAUGCCAAACCAGAGGGGCCUGAGCAGGCCGAGCUGGGCCGCCUCUCCCCUCGAGCUUACACUGCCCCACCAGCCUGCCAGCCUCCCAUGGAGCCUGAGAACCUUGACCUCCAGUCCCCAACCAAACUCAGUGUCAGCGGGGAGGACUCCACCAUCCCACAGGCCAGCCGGCUCAAUAACAUUGUCAACAGGUCCCUAACAGGCUCCCCCCGAAGCAGCAGUGAGAGCCACUCGCCACUCUACCUACACCCCCCCAAGUGCAUGUCCUGUGGCUCUCAGUCCCCACAGCAUGCAGAGAUGUGUCUGCACACCACUGGCCCCGCGUUCCCUGAGGAGAUGGGUGAGACCCAGUCUGAGUACUCGGAUUCCAGCUGUGAGAAUGGGGCCUUCUUCUGCAAUGAGUGUGACUGCCGCUUCUCUGAGGAGGCCUCACUCAAGAGGCACACGCUGCAGACCCACAGUGACAAACCCUACAAGUGUGACCGCUGCCAGGCCUCCUUCCGCUACAAGGGCAACCUCGCCAGCCACAAGACCGUCCAUACGGGUGAGAAACCUUACCGCUGUAACAUCUGUGGUGCGCAGUUCAACCGGCCAGCCAACCUGAAAACCCACACUCGAAUUCACUCUGGAGAGAAGCCCUACAAAUGCGAAACCUGUGGAGCCAGAUUUGUGCAAGUGGCCCACCUCCGUGCCCACGUGCUCAUCCACACUGGUGAGAAGCCCUAUCCCUGUGAAAUCUGCGGCACCCGUUUCCGGCACCUUCAGACUCUGAAGAGCCACCUGCGAAUCCACACGGGAGAGAAGCCGUACCAUUGCGAGAAGUGUAACCUGCAUUUCCGCCACAAAAGCCAGCUGCGUCUUCACUUGCGCCAGAAGCAUGGCGCCAUCACCAACACCAAGGUGCAAUACCGUGUGUCCGCCACCGACCUGCCGCCGGAGCUCCCCAAAGCCUGCUGAAGCAUGGAGUGUUGAUGCUUUCCAUUCGAGUCCCUUCUCAGAAUCUACCCAAAGGAUACUGUAACACUUUACAACGUUCAUCCCACGACGUAGUGCCUCUUUCAUCCACUAGUGCAAAACAUAGCGGGGGCGGGGGCGGGGGAGGGGCGUGGGGACCGGGAGCCAGAGCAGCUCUCCUUUCCCCACUGCCAUAAAACAUUAAGAAAUAAUACUGCUUCUUCUCCUAUGUGUAAGGCAAACCAUGUCAGCAAAAGGCAAAAUCAUUUUCUGUAUCCAAGCGAGGGAGUAUGCAAAAGUUCUGACUUAGUCUGCAAAAUGAGGAAUGUAUAUGUUUUGUGGGAACAGAUGUUUCUUUUGUAUGUAAAUGUGCAUUCUUUUAAAAGAAGAGACUUCAGUAUGUUAUCAAAGAGAGGGCUUUAAUUUUUUUAACCAAAGGUGAAGGAAUAUAUGGCAGAGUUGUAAAUAUAUAAAUAUAUAUAUAUAUAAAAUAAAUAUAUAUAGACCUAAAAAAGAUAUAUUAAAAAUAUAAAACUGAGUUAAAGGCUCGAUUUUGUAUCUGCAGGCAGACACGGAUCUGAGAAUCUUUAUUGAGAAAGAGCACUUAAGAGACUAUUUUAAGUAUUGCAUCUGUAUAAGUAAGAAAAUAUUUUGUCUAAAAUGCCUCAGUGUAUUUGUAUUUUUUUGCAAGUGAAGGUUUACAAUUUACAAAGUGUGUAUUAAAAAAACAAAAAGAACAAAAAAAGCUGCCGAAGGAAAAAUGUGUAGUUUUGUUCUAGUUUUUGGUUUGUAUAUACCUGUACAACGUGUCCUACGGUGCCUUUUUUCAUGGAAGUUUUCAACGAUGGACGAGCGUGCCAUCCCUUUUGAAGUGAAGGCAGACACAGGGAUUUGAAUUGUCACUAACUAAGCUCUCUUUGGGAAUGUUUGUCUCAUCACAUUCUGCGUCGUGCUUGUGUAUAACUACUCCGGAGACAGGGUUUGGCUGUGUCUAAACUGCAUUACCACGUUGUAAAAUAUAGCUGUACAAAUACAAGAAUAAAAUGUUGAAAAGUCAA